UAGAAAUAUACAAAGGUCGAGCGACCGCCAUUGAAAUGAUCCACUCGGAUAACAAAAUUGUACUCACUAACUGCAACAUGCAAAAUCACAAAAACAUAACUGGGCUUUCUGUCUUUUCAAACCCUAACCCUAAACCCUCCAUGACCUGAGUCUCACCGUCGGUUCUUCCUACUCACGCUCCACUGUCCGAUCAUCAGAACAUUUUUAAAACUUCGUGCAACCAAGUCUCAACAAACGAUGCCAUCGCAGGCCGAUCUGGACCGUCAGAUUGAGCACCUUAUGCACUGCAAGCCUUUAUCAGAAGCAGAGGUGAAGACCUUAUGCGAGCAAGCGAGAGCAAUUCUGGUGGAGGAAUGGAACGUGCAGCCCGUUAAGUGUCCAGUCACCGUAUGCGGCGAUAUUCACGGACAGUUCCACGAUCUUGUUGAACUUUUUCGCAUCGGUGGCAACGCUCCCGAAACCAAUUAUCUCUUCAUGGGCGAUUAUGUGGAUCGUGGAUACUACUCAGUAGAGACUGUCAGCCUUUUAGUUGCUCUGAAAGUUCGUUAUAGAGAUAGAAUAACAAUUUUGAGAGGAAAUCACGAGAGUCGUCAGAUAACUCAAGUAUAUGGAUUUUAUGAUGAAUGCUUGAGAAAAUAUGGAAAUGCUAAUGUCUGGAAGCAUUUCACUGACCUUUUCGAUUAUUUGCCACUUACAGCUCUAAUUGAGAGUCAGGUUUUCUGCUUGCAUGGUGGACUUUCACCAUCUUUGGAUACAUUAGAUAAUAUCCGUGCUCUGGACCGUAUACAGGAGGUUCCUCACGAGGGCCCAAUGUGUGAUCUUUUGUGGUCUGAUCCAGAUGACCGGUGUGGAUGGGGAAUAUCUCCCCGUGGUGCUGGAUACACCUUUGGACAGGACAUUGCUGCACAGUUCAACCACACUAAUGGGCUCACUCUUAUAUCUAGAGCUCACCAGCUUGUUAUGGAAGGAUACAACUGGUGCCAGGAGGAGAAUGUGGUGACAGUGUUCAGUGCACCAAAUUACUGCUACCGUUGCGGAAAUAUGGCUGCAAUUCUUGAAAUUGGGGAGAAUAUGGAGCUGAACUUUCUUCAAUUUGACCCUGCUCCUCGCCAGAUUGAACCAGAUACCACACGCAGGACCCCAGACUAUUUUUUGUGAUGGCUAUAAGUUACACUUCACUGGAAAUUAUUCAUAUUUCCUGUUAUGUUUUUGUAGAUUUGUUUGCAAAUUUGAGUUGUCGUUUAGUUGAGGGAGAGACAAGAAACCAUUGUUGUCAUCAUUCUUUUGGACGGAGUUACUCUGCUAGCUGGAGUUUUGCUUUGUGAAUUUAACUCCACAGGUGAAACAUCCACUGAUUUCCAAAAUUGCCUUUAUAUAUGAGAGCUGGUCUUCCGUACCAAUUCUUCGUUAAUUGGUUUUGCGGCUUUUGCCUCAGCUUGUGGUGGAGUUGUGAUCCAUCAUAAAUUGGUUCGAAUUGAAGAAAGUAAAUUAUUGUGGGAUUGGAAAUGAUGGCAUUUUGGAAAUUUUGAUAAAAGGGUAGGGGUUUGGGCCCCCUUGGAUUACUUGGGGUUUAACUAUUCCACUGAGGGGUGUCUACUGAUCUCUAAUAAUUUGAGGAAUUGCGAUCGGAGAUUUAUUGGAAGGUAAUAUAUCUUGACUUGUAAUACGUGGGAUGGUGUCAAAAACAUUUUCCCUCUUUUGGGUUCUGUGUAUUAUAACCUAUAAAAAUAACUAAAAACAUAAAUUUUGACU